AUGGAUCCUGGAUUCUGUUCCCUUCAUUGUUUUGAUGACUGUAACAGCGCCACCUACAGCGAGCAACACGGGACUUGCACCACCUUCAAAGAAAAGUUCUAUGAUCCUAGCGUUCAGUGGGCUAAAGAUCAGAGCUGGUGUAUGCUGUAUAGAAAGGAACCAAUUCAAUACGGAGAGUGGACACUUGCUUUCAGGGCACAAAGUGGGAUCAAUAUUUCUUUCUACAAUCUCUGGGAAACGAAUGGUUACCAUAAUGACCUAUCAUUGUCCAGUGACUAUCCUAUUGGUUGUUAUCGAAUGGACAACCUCGAGACAUGCACAAGACAUUUCCGAAGCUCAGUUUUGGACAACUGGACAAAUAUUGACAAGGUUCGAGUCUCUUUGUUUACUGACGGUGUUCAGGCUGCGUACAUGGUCUUCAACGGAACCUCCACCAACAGACAGUCUUGGUACAGUCAGAAGCUAGUUAUAGACUCAUCAUGGACCUCACUCAAGAACGAUAACGCCGUAGCUCACUUUGAUUUCUUAGGAGCCCCUGACCCAGAGUCGAAUCGACCCAUGUCUAUAUUUAAUGCAUACGAUAUCUGCACCACUGAUACAAUGUAUUUCAUGGUGAUGGACAAAUUCAACGAUGGAUGUUUAUCCACCUGGUCUUUGGUCAUCACAAAGUUUCCAGCCUUUGUGUAUUCUGGCUUGAAUCAUAUGGUCACCCUCGCUGGACAAGAUUACAAGAUUGCUGAUGUUAUGGCGAUUUUCGUUUCUUUAGCUACAUGAGAUCUUGCAAGAGGAAUAAAUCGUCUCUCGAGACAUGCCAUGCCAAAGUGAAAAUAGUGAAUUUUAAAACUAACUAGGAGCCAAGAUCAAAUGUUUUCAACACUUUACCAAGAAAUGUAGCAAA